UAAUAAUGGCAGCAAUCAACAAAGAACAGGUCGACAUGGAUAAUCCAGCAUUUGCCUAACAAGAUCCACAUCUUAAAAUAAAUGAUGAGGAAGAAAUGGGUUUACCACCUCAAUUUAGAAAUCGUUACCCAAGAAGACCACCACUUUUUGAUGGGUUAUUGAAUAAUGUUAGGGCUGUUACAAAAAAAGUAGAACAUAUCAAAGGAUUUAAAUUCGAAGUAGCAGGAGGAUUAUCAAAUAAUUUUCAUUUAGCUCAUUCCUGGAUGAUUCCUCCAUCAGUAUUUUGAUCAUAUCUAAAAUCAUAGAGCAAAGGCAAGGCCCCUAAUCCUAAUCCUAUGAAAUAACCCCCUGUCCCAAGUUACACUCUGGCUGCUCAAUAUUUAGGAGGAGAGCUAAGAACUCCGUUUGAUCAACCAUCCUACAUCAUGACUGGCAGAUGGGACUCUACUGGCAAAUUGGAAGCUGCCAUCAUAAAGAAAUUGAAUGAAACAUUUAAUUUUAGGUAUGACUAUAGCAUUCUAUCAUGAAAAUAGAUUCAGUGCCUUCUAUUUAGAUUCUAGUCCCAACAAUGCCUAGGUCCAUUUGGAUUGCGACAUUACUGGAGAGGAUUAUGUUCAUUCAAUUAAAUUGGGCACUGGGUUGUACAGUUUCAAUAUGAUGUAAACAAUUGGAAAGAGACUCGUUUUAGGCUAUGAGAUGAUGACAUUGGUAUUAAAUUAAACUAACUUAGACUGAAAGGAAUAUGUCCUUGAUGAGUUAUGCUUUCAAAUUCGGAAUCAAUCAAAAGUAGAAUUUGUAUGCCUAAUAUGUGGGAGCAGCUGAUUAAUUAAUUUUAGCUUACAAUCACAGAGUAUUGAUACUUAUAUAAAUUUAGCUUUUGGAUAAAGCCUAUUUUAUGUCUGAACUCGAGUAUUCCAAUCAAACUGGAGAAUCCAGAACUAUUCUUGUAAUAGAAUUAAUUCAAAUAUUUUAAGGGUUACAGAUAAAAGUUUGCAACAUCAGAAGUCAUCAUCACUAUCAAUUCAAAAAUGAAGUUCAGCUCAAAUUUAACCUUGUAAGGAUUUGCCUAUCAAUUAAAAUUAUGUGCAAUUGCAGAUUAUUAAAAGGAUUCAUAUAAGUUCGGUUACGGUAUUGCAAUGGGUUAGGUCUGAUAAUUAGUAUAUAAAAAAAAUAUAUUUAUG